AUGUUCAUGGCCUCAAGGAUCCAGCGCCGUGCCUUUUCGGCUUCGGCUAGAAACCUCUCCAAGGUCACCGUUCUCGGUGCUGCGGGUGGCAUUGGCCAGCCGCUGUCUCUGCUGCUCAAGCUGAACCCCAGAGUCACCGAGCUCGCCCUGUACGAUAUCCGGGGCGCUCCUGGUGUCGCCGCCGAUGUCUCACACGUCAACACCAAGUCGUCCGUCAAGGGCUACGAGCCCACACCCACCGGUCUCGCCAACGCGCUCAAGGGCGCCGAGGUUGUUCUCAUCCCCGCCGGCGUGCCGCGGAAGCCCGGCAUGAGCCGCGACGAUCUGUUCAACACCAACGCCUCCAUCGUGCGCGACCUUGCCAAGGCCUGCGCCGAAUCCUGCCCCGAGGCCAACAUCCUGGUCAUCAGCAACCCUGUCAACUCCACCGUCCCCAUCUGCGCCGAGGUGUUCAAGUCCAAGGGCGUCUACAACCCCAAGCGCCUCUUCGGCGUCACAACUCUCGACGUCGUUCGCGCGUCGCGCUUCGUCAGCGAGAUCAAGGGCACCGACCCGGCCAACGAGAACAUCACGGUGGUCGGCGGCCACAGCGGCGUGACCAUUGUCCCCCUCUUCAGCCAGAGCAACCACCCCGAGCUGUCAUCCAACGCCGAGCUGAUCCACCGCGUGCAGUUUGGUGGUGACGAGGUUGUCAAGGCCAAGGACGGUGCCGGUUCCGCCACGCUGUCCAUGGCCAUGGCCGGCGCCCGCAUGGCCGAGUCCCUGCUCCGCGCCGCCCAGGGCGAGAAGGGCGUCAUUGAGCCGACUUUUGUCGACAGCCCGCUGUACAAGGACCAGGGCAUUGACUUCUUCAGCUCCAAGGUUGAGCUUGGCCCCAACGGUGUUGAGAAGAUCCUGCCCGUCGGCAAGGUUGAUGCUGUCGAGGAGAAGCUCCUUGAGGCCUGCUUCGGCGAUCUCAAGAAGAACAUCGAGAAGGGCAAGACUUUCGUUGCCCAGAACCCGCCUAAAUAA